UGAGUGAGGCUUCCAUAAUUUAAUUAUACGUAAGAGUCUCAACAAAUGCUCGGAAGAUACCGAGAUAGCCACCUUUAGUUUUAUCCUGUUCGUCGAGGAGAGAGAGCAGUAGCUAAUAACUUUGCUUGUCCCUUUAUGCUUGAGUAGCUCUCAUUUGAAUCGUCGAAAAUUUGCAGGUUUUUUUAAGUUCAUUAGUAGUUUGCACUUACGAUACGCACGUUGAAAACAAACGUAUAUAAAAUAGAUAUACAUACGUACAUACAUAUAUAUAUAUAUAUACACACACACACAUAUAUAUAUAUACGUGCGACGAAUAGAAAAAUCCUUUAUAAUGGAAAAGUCAGGCCAAGCGAACACCAUGAACGAAACGAGUCCUACAAUCGACGUUAAUAACGAAAAAGAUAAGACCGAGAAUGAUAAAUCGUCGGUCUGUAACAUUACGACUGAUUUGUACGAAUUGAAACAGAUCAAUUGUGAGAUAGGUGCCAAGGAGGUGUCUCAAAGUUGUUCAAUAAAUUCAUGCAAUGAAGAAGACAAAGUGAAGAAUGAAAAUCGUUCGAACCCGUCGAAUGAACCUCGGGAAGAGCAAAAAAACGAUCAACAGAAUGUAGCCAAAGACGGCGAUGAAAAAAAUUAUAAUGAAUGUUGUGCUCUAGAAGAUAAUUUACAAAAGAUAAAACAAUGUUGUCAGAGUCCAUCCAGAGGAAAAGAGACAACGAGUAUGAAGCAAAAACGUAAGUCCAGAUCUACGAGAAGACGAUUGAAUGCGAUGAUUAAUAAUACAUCCUUACAUUUCUCUGAUACGGACUCGGAAGGUGAAUUGGUCAUUAUGGAAGCUUAUGCACGUACUCCUAGUCCUGCCAAGUCACGAGGACCUGUAAUUUCUGUGACAAUGGAGGACAUUGAGAGCGUUGAUAAAUUUGAUACGAAUCCUCGAUGUUUAACAAUUUUAUCGACUCCUGAAAUGAACAUAUCUCGACGUGGAAGUUUUGCGGAGAAUCUCACGGACGUCGAUGAAAUUUAUGCAAGUGAACCUGAAAACGAACAGAACACAGAAGGAAGAAAGAGUUUGACCGUAACAGGAAUUACUUAUCAAGGUGAAACUGACGUCGAGGAUAUAUCAAAUGACGAGGAUGAACCGGUUAUCUACGUGACACCUAGAUUGGACAUCUUGUGCGAGUUCGGUGGUGAGACUAUCACUACCAAGGAAGGAAAUGGACCAUUUUCCGUAGAGAUACGUAGUCGAAUGUCGAAGGAAAUAGAAGAUACUGAAGUCCGGAAUUCAUCCGACAUUGUGAUCAUGCCGGGAACCGACAGCGAGGAUAUGGAAGUAUCGGAUGAGGAUGAUCUACAAAUAGCUUCUUGUAGUCAACGCGACCUGUUCGAAGAUCUUGAUGUUUUAGCGGCUUCUCAUAUCGUAAUGACGAACGUUAAUAAGAUGGAUAAUAUGCUUGCUGUUAAGGAUAUUCAGGAAGAUAUCACCAUAGGGGAUUGUCAUACCGAUGUUGAAGAUGUAGAUUGAGUUUAAGAUGUGCCGAAUGAGUUUUAUUUAGCAAAACGCGAAACGUUAAGGAUCAAAUCAAUUAUUUGAUGCCAAGAAUUACAAUCUUGCAUCCCCAUUAUUUUUUUGAUUUAUUUAUUCACGUGAAUCGGAUCUAUUGAUUUAUCUUAAUCGAAGAUAAUUUCUUCUUCUUGUGUUGUUAUUCGUUUUCCUUUUUGCACCGUGCUCGAUCUAUUGAAGAUCUAUUUUUCUUAGUAUAAACUUUGGUAAUGGUUAACCCUCGAGUGAUAUGUUUUGAAAGAACAUCGCUUUGGUCGUCCUCGUGAUUAAAUAUUUCAUUCUGUGCAAUAAUCUCGCUUCAACCAAAUUUCUUUUGCUUUUUUAAAUUCUCGAACUAUUUUCUCUCUUGUAUUAUUAAUUAUUUAAUUGAAUGACAAAUAUCUUAUUGAGAUUAAUGAUUCGAGACAUGUGCAGAAUAAAAUUUAUUUGUCUUGGUAUCGUGGAUACUACUUAAGGGUUAAAUAUAAAAGAGAUUUCAAUAUUCUUCGGAUAACUAUUCUUUCGAACAAAUUAUUCCUAAACAUCGAACAACAUUUCAUUGAUUAAUUCUAAUCCUUUCGAAAAAAAGAAAAGAAAAAAGAAAAAAUUAAUGUCUUUUUCGAGUAUGAAUAAAACGAGUGCAAAGCUUUACAUAUUUACAUUUUUUCGCGUCUAUAUACUCCUUUUUUUCUUUUCGGUUAAUCCUUUUUAACAUUUUGAUGCCGAUAAUAAUGCGACAUUUUUUUAUGUACUUGUUAUACUUGCAGGCAGAACUGCCGUCAUCAACAUAAUCAUAGACAACCAUAUGGGAUAUUAAAUACAAAAUAACAGCAUAUCUGUCCUCAACUUCUUUAACGAAAUUUCGCAGAUGCAUAUAUAAGUCGAUGUUAUACGUUAUAAAAAUACACACACACACACCCACACACACAGAUAAAUACGCAAAGAAUAUACAUUAUAAAUUAAAUAGAAAUCGAUGACUAAUUGAAUUAGUCAUUGAAUUGUUGAAUGUAUUAUUCAUGUUAGAAUAACGAGUUGUUAUGUGUACAGUUCACAAAAAUUUAUGAACUAAUUCAACGUUUGAUCAUUAUAUUAGAAAGCAAUGAGAUUUUUUGCGCAAGUACAUAAAGAGGUUUGCACGCAGCACGAGACGACGAAAGAGAGAGCGAGAGAGAGAGAGAGAGAGAAUGAGAGAACAAAAAAAAAGAAAAAAAAAAUUGUAAAAUGAAACGAUGUAAUUAUUGAUUAUAAUUAACGUAAUAAAUAAAAAGUAAUAUGAGCAUCAUUCUUGGUUG